AUGUCUUUAUUUAAAGGUGUGAAGGCUGGCGUGGACAAAGUGAGAUUGUGACGGGGGAACAAUGGAGGGUGAUAACUCCUACCUGGAAGCUACUGCCCUGGCAAAGCUCAGACGAUUCCCCUUGAAGCUUGUGAAGGGAGUCCCACUCAUGGAGCCCAUAGCUGAUGGCUGGGAUAUAGUCGAGAACUUCCAGGCAUUCCCAGAUGAUCUGAUCAUCUCCACUUACCCCAAAGCAGGCACAACCUGGGUGCAAGAAAUCAUCGACUUGAUUUAUAACGAUGGAGAUGCCGUGAAAUGCCAGAGGGCGCCGACGUUCGUGAGGAUCCCCUUCCUGGAGAUCAUCUCCCCACCACCCAUUCCAUCAGGGGUGGAGCUGCUCAACAAGAUGCCUCGGCCCCGAAUCAUCAAGACCCACCUCCCCUUCCAUCUUGUGCCACGAUCUAUCUGGGAGAACAAAUGCAAGGUCAUCUACGUGGCUCGCAAUGCAAAAGACAACGCUGUGUCCUACUACCACUUUGAUCGGAUGAACAAAACUCAGCCCGAUCCUGGCACCUGGGACCAGUACAUCACCAAGUUCAUAAAGGGCGAAGUGGCCUGGGGACCUUGGAGUGACCAUGUGAAAGGCUACUGGGCAGAGAAGAAGACUCACCAAAUUCUGUACCUCUUCUAUGAAGAUCUGAAGGAGAAUCCGCGGCAGCAAACUGUGAAGAUUCUGGACUUCCUGGAGCGAGUUUUGCCAGAGGACAUCAUUGACAAGAUUGUGGAACUCACGUCCUUCUCGUCCAUGAAGAACAACCCGAUGGCCAACUACACCUCUUUUCCAAAGAACCUCUUUGACCACAGCGUGUCACCAUUCAUGAGGAAAGGUCCGUCUGUUCUGUCCAGUUAUUUUCAGUGGCCAGGCCUGCCACAGCAGGUGAGGUCGGUGACUGGCAGAACCAUUUCUCCGAGCAGCAGAGACAACUCUUUGACCGAGCGUAUGCACGCUGGAUGGAUGGAGUGGACAUCCCGUUCAGGGACCUCCUCUGAGUGGGCACAACGUGGGCACUCACUCAUCCCAAGAGCAGCAGACCGGGACUGAAACGAGGCGGGUGGCACUCUGGGCCAGCGGGAGACAGGAAUGUUAAUAAAGGUCAAUGAGCGGUGGA